AAGAGAGAGCGAGAGAGAGAGAGUGUACAAUGUGCUAGAGGAGAAGGAAGAGCACAAGCCUGAGCGUUUUUCUGACAUUCGUGGGGUGAGCAGGAACCGGAGUGAAGAUGGGGCGAAAGAAGAUCCAGAUCACCCGGAUCAUGGACGAGAGGAACAGACAGGUGACAUUCACGAAGAGGAAGUUCGGCCUGAUGAAGAAGGCGUACGAGCUGAGUGUUCUGUGUGACUGCGAGAUCGCCCUGAUCAUCUUCAACAGCUCGAACAAGCUGUUCCAGUACGCCAGCACCGACAUGGACAAGGUGCUGCUCAAGUACACUGAGUACAACGAGCCCCACGAGAGCAGAACCAACUCCGACAUCGUGGAGGCGCUAAACAAGAAGGAGCACAGAGGCUGUGACAGCCCAGACCCCGACGCCUCCUACGUCCUCACCCCCCACACGGAGGAGAAAUACAAAAAAAUUAACGAGGAGUUUGACAAUAUGAUGAGGAAUCAUAAAAUCCCGACCGCCCUGCCCCAGCAGAACUUCUCCAUGCAUGUGGCGGUGCCUGUAACCAACCCCAACCCCCUGUCCUACAACCCCAGCCACCCCCUGGGUGCCCAGACCCUGGCGGCUGUUGCAUCGCUAGGCGACGGCGGGAUGCUCUCCCCUCCCCAGGGCUCCCUCCAUAGGAACGUGGUGUCCCCCGCGGCCCCCCAGCGGCCCCCCAGCACCGGCAGUGCAGGGAACGGGUUUGUGAACCCACGGGGUUCCCCCGGACUGAUGGGUACGCCCAGUGGGAACGGACUGGGCAAGGUUAUGCCCACAAAAUCUCCGCCCCCCCCAGGAGGGAACCAAGGCAUGGGUGGCCGCAAGCCGGACCUGCGAGUGGUCAUUCCCCCAUCCAGCAAGGGCAUGAUGCCCCCCCUGUCUGAAGAGGAGGAAAUGGAUCUGCAGAACACCCAAAGGAUUAGCAGCUCCCAGGCUGGUCAGCCAUUGGCCACCCCAGUGGUGUCUGUGGCCACGCCCAGCCUGCCACCCCAAGGCCUGGUAUACUCAGCCAUGCCCACUGCCUACAACACAGAUUACUCACUUGGCAGCGCAGAGCUGGCCUCCCUACAGGGGUUUGGUUCCCCAGGAAACCUCUCCAUGGGCUCUGUGUCGGCAUGGCAACAACAUCAGCUCGGACAGGCCGCCCAUAGCUCCCUGGCAGUUGGUGGGCACUUACCUCAGGGCUCUAACCUCUCUGUGAACACCAACCAGAACAUCAGCAUCAAAUCGGAGCCCAUUUCCCCUCCCCGGGAGCGAUUCGCCCCGCCCAACCCUGGCUCCCGGCAGGACAUGGGCCGGUCGCCUGCCGACAGCCUCAGCUCCUCCUGCAGCUCGUACGAGGGCAGCGACCGCGAGGAUCCCCGCGCCGAGUUCCACUCUCCGCUGGGCCAGGGCCGGCCGGCGGCGGGAGGGGGGGACGGCCGCGAGAGCCCCUCUGUAAAGCGCAUGCGCAUGGACACCUGGGUCACAUAAAGCCGCCCUUCACCUGUCACCCGUCGCAAGCCACGGCACUCAGGUGUAGGAGAGGGCGGAGAUCAGAUGGGCGGGGCUGGGUCUCCUUUUAUUACAUCAUUGUUGUUAUAAUAUUAUUUAACUUUAUUUCAUUUUGUAAGUGUAAGAACAGCUGAGCAAAGAGAAAGUCCUGACAUAUCUAAAUUAAAUAUGUUUCACACACAAAAGACGUCAAGUACAGGAGUCGGACAGCGCAGGUGCACUCAAACAAAAAAAAGCGAUCAGGUACUUGAUGCAAAUCUGUUCUUGUUUGCAGGAGUUGGAUAUUUAAAGUAGGAUGCAUAAAAAAAAAAAAACAACUGUUAUAUUCACCAGUCUGGCACUUAACUUGUGUUUGCUGUUUUUCCUGUUUGUUUUGGUGUUUUCAGCAAAUUUUUUUCAAACAAUCAGAGGCUGUGCGGGUACCGUCUCAAGCUGAGAGCCCCCGUGGCGGCCCCCCAUCAAAAUUAGCAACCAGUGACCUCACUUCCCAUAUCACUUGUUCCCAAUGAUUUGAUUAGUUGUUACAUUGCUGAAAUUAGAACCGACAGAAGAGGUAGACGAGGAAUAGCAUGCAUCUCAGCAAUACUGUAAGCAGGAGGAAGCCAUGACUCCCAGUGUCUCAGGCA